GUUUUCCUUCUGAUAAUUAAACCUUUUUACUUUUAACAGCUAAAAUAUCCGAAAGAUGGCGAAACGCCGGUGAACCGCCAUUUUCCCUUCUGCGUGCGUUCUCGCUCGUCACUCCGGUGCUCCCCAUUUUCGGCCACGCCGAUCUGAAGAUGAUGCAGAGAACUUCACCGCUAUGUUCUUCUUCCUCUUUUUCUCAUUCUUUUCCAAAUAUAUCCAUUCUUAAUCGAUACACUGAGCUUUUCCGAAAACGUCUCCCUCUUACUUGCAAGGGUUCGGCUUCCUCGAUUCUUCAGGUGUCCUUGUACCAUCUUCACACCUUCGUACUUUCGCAGCCUUCUCGCCGUAGAGUUGCUACUUCUGAGAUUUUAGAAUCUGUGGAAGCUCCGUUAGGAUUUGUUGAAAUUGGUUACAUAUCCAAUGUUCAUGGGACUGAAGGGGAAGUCCGAGUAAAACCUACUACUGAUUUUCCUGAACUGCGAUUCUCCACGCCUGGCACAAGAUGGUUGAAGCAGCAAGUUUCAGGUAGGGAAGAAAUCCGAGAAGUUGACCUGGAAGAUGGUAGGGAACACCCUGGUCGAAAGAGUUGGAUAUUGAAGUUUGUAGGAAUUGAUACUGCGGAACAGGCCAAGCAACUCAUUGGAUCAACUCUCCUAGUGAGAGAAGACGACCGACCACAGUUGGAAGAAGGUGAAUUUUAUUCUGAUCUUGUUGGCAUGAGUGUUAUUCUGAAGGAAACUGGUCAGUCUCUAACUGUUGUUAAUGUAUUUGAUAGUGGAGGGGCAGAUCUUUUACAUGUCAUGCUUAAGUUGUCUGAAGAUAUUUAUUGAUGCUACUGGAAAUCCAACCUCAAUUGAAACUGGAGUAUCUGGUCGUCUCGUUUGGAUACCUUUGUCGAAGCAAUUGUUCCUAUUGUUGAUCUCCAAAGACGAGAAAUGAAAAUUACACCUCCAAAAGGGCUUCUGGAAUUAAAUUUGCAUUCUGAUGAGAGAUCGAAGAAAGAACGACGCCAACUUGAAUGGAAAGAAAGGAAAAAGUUCCAAAAACGCCUCGUAGCUGCAAAAAAGAAGCUGUCUGAAAUGGAACAGAAGCACAUUUUUUAUGGUUUCAAAUUUGGAGAAAAAGCACAGGGAAGGUUACUUGCCGAUCAGAUAGUUGGAGUGAAUUCCAAGUUGCUUCAAAAAGCUUUACAAGAUAUUGCGAUUCCUACAAGAAGGUUGACUGUUGACGAGCUAUUCAAUGCCUCUAAAUUGGAAAAUGUACAAAAUACUUUGAGGAUAUUAGAUAGAUGUGUAAUUUCUGGUGCAAAUGAAAAGGAACUUGGUACACAUGCCAAUUUGCAGAAAAAGGGACUCAGUCUCAUAUCUUCUGGAAAAACUGCCGUUGUUUUAGUUGUUAAUGAUGAGGGAUGGUACUCCGACCUUGAUAUAGUUUGUGAUAUUGAUGAGCAUCCAACAUCUUCUUCCCUUCCUGAUCUACUUUGUGAUGAUAGAAGGUUUGCAAAGAUUGAAGACCGAGCAUACGUGCCUCUGAUUUUGGUAUGCUCAGCUUCCACAAUUCAUUCAAUUGAAAAGCUUUUUGUGGAUAAUGAUUACUUUGCCUUCGAUUCUGAAAAGAUCUGGUUUUUGGAAGAAGAGAGACUUCCAGUUGUUAGCAACGUGGUUGACGAACAAAAGAAAUACAAGAUUUUGAUGAAAUCACCAUGGGAAAUUCUACAAUCCCCAGUUGGUUCUGGAGGAGUCGUCAACUUGCUUUCAUCUCCCAAUGUCCUGGAACGUCUCACUGAACUUGGCAUGGAGUAUGUCGAGAUAUGCAGCAGCAGCCAUACAAGUGCUGGGAUGAACACUCUACUUCUUGGAUAUAUUGCAUCCUGCAAUGCUAAUAUCGGGGUUCAGCUCCAUAAAAGUGACAGUGACUUCGAGAAAAGCUUUGACUUGAUAUUCUCAAUGAACUUCAUAAAGAAAUUGACGAAGCAAAUUGAUAAGCCUAAGUUCUAUGCCAUCCCCAAAUCAAAUGCACAUGUUGAGAAGGUUGACAAAGAGUGGGUCGAGAUUACCUUGAGCAUCAUUGAGAGGUGCAUGCCUAACCCACAUAUAGAGUGGAUCAUUUUUCUUCAUCACCUAGCUUAAUCCCAACCUCAUGCAAAUCCAGAUAGUACUUUUCCUCGACCUUGUAAGCUUCUACAUGUGUAUCCUUUA